AUAUUGCAUCGAAAUAGAAAAUAGGUGGAUUCAACUAUGUUGAUGGGCUUUCUCACGUUGGUCAACAUACAAAGUCGCUUUUUAACAAACAAGAAUUUAUCAAGAGACUUCCGACGUAUUUGGAAGAUAUGUAGCAUGUGUUCUGAUGGACCACUAUCGUCCACUGCAAUCCAUUUGUUUAGAAAAGCUAUUGAGAGAGAGACUGGUCGAGUUUCGAAACAUAGAGGUUAUGACGGUCUAGUGGAAGAUUGCAAAUAUCUGCAGAAAUAUCGCAGUCCAGUAGAGCAGAGAGCAGCAGUUUGUCGGAUUAUUUCUUCUCUUUUUUGUGCUCCUGUUGGCAUACAGCUAUUUCGUUCUUUGUUAGGUAUUAUGCCUGUGACUUGGGCUUAUCAUCUAAGUGCUAUUUUUACACAAGUAUUCUUCCAAUGGCUAGUAGGUCCGUGCCAGGCACACGCUAUUCAUAACGAGACUUUCAAACGAGGAGUAUUCAUAUCAAAGUGUAGAUUCCUUGAAGAAUCGAGGUGUAGAGGUAUGUGUGUUAACUUGUGCAAAAUACCCACCCAACAAUUCUUUAACAAUACGCUUGGAUUUCCCUUUACUAUGGAGCCCAACUAUGAAACUGGUUCUUGUCAAAUAACCUUUGGAAAGUCACCUCUUCCAUUGGAUCAAGAUAUUGCAGUACAGAUAAGGUGCUCAGGAAAUUGUUUGCCAUGGCAUCCCGAGAAAACCAACAGUACUGCUAGUUCACAAACUCAUGAUUGUAUAAAAACUUCACUUUUAUAAACACCAAUUGUUCCGUUGAUACCAAAAGUCAUUUGAUA